CCCAGGCUCAUAAAUGAAGUAACGUCUGACUAAAACCAAGCAAAGGAAAUACACAUUCAAACUGAACUAGGUAUCCUGACAGCUGAUCUCUUGCCCUUGGCUUUUUUCCCUCACUCUUCAGUAUGUGAUUUUUCCUUCCUCAUUUCGCUUUGAAUUUUCCGGUAUUGUUUCUUUAAGUGUUUUGCUCUCUACGAGUGGCUAGAAACAGGAGCUUUUCAGUGCAGAGAUGCCAUCUUGGCCAUUUUGCCAAUAACAGCACGUAUACAUUACAUACCAAAAAACAUUAAGAAGGCUUUAGUUGCGGAGUAGCAGCCAUGAGUACAUUGAAACGGAAGGAAUCGAUGGUGAGCAGGGAGGGAGAUCAGUUGAUCAUCACUCCUCUCGGGGCUGGCAAUGAAGUGGGUCGGUCCUGUGUUUACAUGACCUACAAGAACAAGACGGUUCUGUUCGACUGCGGUAUCCAUCCCGCAUACUCUGGUAUGGCGGCUCUACCGUAUUUUGAUGAGAUCGAUCCAUCAACGAUUGAUGUGCUCCUUGUUACCCAUUUCCAUCUGGAUCAUGCAGCAUCUCUUCCUUAUUUUUUGGAGAAGACAACUUUUAAUGGGCGGGUAUUCAUGACGCAUGCAACCAAAGCUAUUUACAAACUUCUACUUUCCGAUUAUGUGAAAGUAAGCAAGGUUUCUGUGGAAGAUAUGUUAUUUGAUGAACAAGACAUUCUUCGAUCGAUGGAUAAAAUUGAGGUAAUUGAUUUCCACCAGACCCAGGAGGUGAAUGGCAUCCGUUUCUGGUGUUACACGGCGGGGCAUGUCCUUGGUGCAGCAAUGUUCAUGGUUGACAUUGCAGGGGUGCGUGUAUUAUAUACUGGUGAUUACUCCCGUGAGGAAGAUCGUCACCUUCGUGCUGCUGAGACUCCACCGUUCUCCCCUGAUGUUUGCAUAAUUGAGUCGACAUAUGGUGUGCAACUUCAUCAGCCUAGAGCUGUCCGAGAGAAAAGAUUCACUGAUGUUGUACACAGUGUUGUGUCUCAGGGUGGAAGGGUACUCAUUCCUGCAUUUGCGUUGGGUCGUGCUCAAGAGCUUCUAUUGAUUCUUGAUGAAUAUUGGGCAGCACAUCCGGAGCUCCAUAAUAUUCCCAUUUAUUAUGCGUCUCCUCUUGCAAAAAGGUGCAUGGCUGUUUAUCAAACAUACAUCAAUGCAAUGAAUGAUAGAAUUCGUACUCAAUUUGAAGGUUCAAAUCCAUUUGAUUUUAAACACAUCUUACCUCUGAAAAGCAUUGAGAACUUUGAGGAUGACGGGCCUUCAGUAGUCAUGGCUAGUCCAGGUGGCUUGCAGAGUGGUUUGUCGAGGCAGCUCUUUGAUAUUUGGUGUCAUGAUAGGAAGAAUGCAUGUGUGAUUCCUGGGUAUGUCGUUGAGGGUACGCUGGCAAAGACUAUCAUGAAUGAACCAAAGGAGGUGACAUUGAUGAAUGGUUUACAAGCUCCAUUAAAUAUGCAGGUCCACUAUAUUUCCUUUUCAGCUCAUGCUGAUUUCAGCCAGACAAGUGCAUUUUUAAAUGAGCUACGUCCACCUAACAUAAUUCUUGUGCAUGGAGAGGCAAAUGAGAUGGGACGCCUUAAACAGAAGCUGCUUUCUCAGUUUGCAGAUCAAAAUAUGAGGGUUUUGUCACCAAAAAACUGUCAGACAGUAGAGAUGCAUUUUAAUGCUGAAAAAACGGCAAAGGCAAUAGGUAGGUUAGCAGAAAAGACACCUGAAGAAGGCAAUCAAGUGAGUGGUUUACUGGUGAGAAAAGGUUUCACGUACCAGAUAGUGGCUCCUGAAGAUCUUCAUGUAUUCACUCAGCUUUCAACAGGAACUGUUACACAGCGACUAUCAAUCCCAUAUAAGGGAGCUUUCUCUGUACUUAAGAACCGUCUCCAACAAUUGUACGAGGGUGUAGAAACUUCAAAUGAUGAAGUUCCUACUCUUAAAGUCCAUGACAAAGUUACAGUGAAGCAAGAAGGAGCAGAUUAUGUAGUGUUACAGUGGGUGUCUGAUCCCAUAAGUGAUAUGGUGUCGGACUCCAUUAUUGUAAUGAUGAUGAAUUUCAAUCCAGAGUCUUCCAGGGCAAAGUCACCUGAUUCGGAUCAAAAGGAAGGCAAGGUAGAGAAGGAUUUUAGUAAAAUAUUCCAAUCGUUGUUUUCUUCUUUGUUUGGAGACGUUAAGGAAGAGGAAGGAAAACUGAUUGUAUCUGUGGAUGGGAUUAUGGCCACAGUAGACCAUGCAAACAAUACUGUUGCUUGUGAAAAUGAAAACCUGAAGGAACGCAUCAAAACUGCUCUUAAUAGAAUGCGUAAUGCCAUUAAACCUAUUGGUUCUCAUUAAUUUUCUUCCUUUUCACGAUAUUUUAAGAAAAGGAACUAUGAGAUGCCUCUUAUGAACAUUCAUAAUUUUAAUGUGGGAUUACAUUGUUUUUUACCAGAAGCUAGCAUAGUGGCUUCGCAUUUUGGCAAUUGAGAAUGACUGUAUUUGAAUCUCUACAUCGUGAUUUUUUGUCGACUGGGUACUGGUGGUACGGCUGAGAAUUUUCAUAUGUGGAACACCAAAGAGUAGAUUCCUCCUUGAGAAAGGGAAAACCAUUAUGCAUUCUUCACAGAUUAAAUGUUAUUUUACAGAUAAGAACGUUAGCUUCAAACUUUCACACUAGUGGGAGAUGGAAAUGUCUUAUUAAAUUUUGUCAGUUUUAUUGAAAAGUCUUGAAAUUGGGGUGUUC